AUGUACAGAAACAGAAACCUUGAAGCACUGUGGAAAAAGCAUUUCAGGGUGACCAGAGAUACAUUUGACUAUAUUUGCCAGCUGAUUGAAGGAGACUUGCAGAAAGAAGGUACUAGACUGAGAAAAGCCGUACCUGUAUACAAGAGAGUCGCAGUUGUGCUGUGGCGACUUGGCUCAGGAAACUCUUACCGAACAACUGGGAUUACUUUUGGGCUAGGAAAAUCGACAGUUAUUAAAAUAUGCAACGAGUUUACACGUGCGAUUAUUCGAAGGAAAGAUGUGUUUAUCAAAUUUCCAGUUGAUGAAGAAGAUGUAACUUUAGCAAUCAGAAGAAUGAAAAGUAUUGCUGGCUUGCCAAACGUUAUUGGUGCUAUAGACGGCUCCCAUGUACAAAUCAAAGCCCCCAAAACUUGCCACGAGGAUUAUUUUAAUCGAAAACAAAACUACUCCAUAAAUCUACAAGGAACUGUUGAUGGAACGGGUAUGUUCAUUGACGUCAGCACUGGUUGGCCAGGCAGUAUGCAUGAUGCCAGGGUACUGAGAUUAAGCUCAUUGUACAGUAAGGCAACAGACGGCGAAAUCUUAUCCCAGCCAGAAAAGUCUAGUGAAGGAAUUGCUGUAAGACCCCUUCUACUUGGCGAUUCAGCUUACCCAUUGUUAUCUUGGCUCAUUGGCCACUAUCCGCGAUCCGCCACCCUAACAUGA